AUGGAAUCAUAUUAUGAAAAUCGUAAUUAUGAUAACUUAAGCUCAACCAUUAAAAUUGAUAAUUUUGCUACUCCAGAAGCAUUGGUAGAGAAUUAUCGCCAUGAAAUGGAUAUCAAAAGACUACGUGAUGCACUUUCAUCACACCUAAAAGAAGAAGAUGAAAAUAUAGCACAACUACUUAAUACUGCUUAUGGAGACUAUAUGGAUAUAGCUACUGAGAUGCAACCUUUAAUUGAUAGUCUUGUACCUAGUUUACAACCUUAUGAAAGUGAAGUGUACAGCACCUUAAAUCAGAUAUCAGAUAUACUCCAGCACUAUGAAAAACGUCUGAACAAGUUAGUUUUUGAAUAUGAUUAUUUUAAAUUUUGUAAACUAGAAUUAUCAUUUUAUAAGUCAUGUGAACAAUACUCAAAAACUCUAAGGACAAAAUUACAAAGCAUAGUAGAUUGUUUUGCAUUAAAUAAAGCAGUAAGCUUAGGCAAAAUUUCUUUCAUAUUAGUGGUGGUUAUUUACUUCACUAUUAAAAAGACUACUAAGCUUAGAAAAAUUUCAGAUAGUAUAAUGCAAGAAGUUGUAAAAAUCCAAGACUCAAGCAAAAAGUCUGUUUUGGAGCUACCCGAUAAAUAUAAUAGGAAAUCUGGAUAUUACAUUAAGAAGUGCCUGAAAUUCUGCGAUGAAUUCAUUUUAGACCUCAAAUCUUAUAUUUUAGAAGCAUCAAAAGUGUUUAUUAGACUUGAUAAAGAUUUCUCAAACUUGGUAAAAUCUGAUAAUACUAAUCUGCUCACUUCUAAUGGAAGACUUAUAUGCCAUUCUUUGACUAUUCUAAAUUUGCAUGAAGAAUUCAUUAAGUUGACUCAUAAGAAAUUAGAUACAGAAAUAUUUUCAAAUUCCGACUUUUCAAAAUUUUUUAAUGACAAAAUUCCAUUUUUAUCAGCAAUCAAACAUGUAGAAAAUUUACUUUUAAGCGAAUCUUUAAAAAUGACUAUUCAAACUAUUGCUGCAAGUAUCCUUAUGAUGCCUUGUAAAAAAAAUGUCAAAAUUUGCACAGAUUGGUUUGUAAAAGGAAUUCUUAUUUAUUGCCUUAGUAAAGUUGAAACAAUAAUGAACUCAUCAUUGGCAAGUCCAGCUGCUCCUAUGGAUCUAUAUUUACAUCAAAUUAUUUCUAUUGUAAGUUUUAUCGAGUCAUGUGAACAAAUUUUGGUUAAUUCGAAAAAUUAUGUACAAAACUAUUUACCAUGUUUAAAUUUACAACUAAUUAUUGCAUUUAGAGAAAACCAAGAUGCCAAUGUAUACACGAAAAGGUGGAAAUUCGGAACAUAUUGGAACUUAAUAUACAGAAAUUUGUUAAGUAGGAGAAUGAUUAUUAAAAAUGAAAAAGUUGAAUUUAAUAAAGUUUAUAUUCAUGAGAAAACUAAAUAUUGGCUCAAAUAUACGGUUGAAGUAACUAAACAAGUAAGAUGGAUACUAGGAGUUGCAACAAUUCAGCCAGAUACACCUUUGCCCCCUUCUAGGUGUAUGGUUCCUUUGUUUUCUCGUUGUUUAUAUGCAUGUGUUACACUAUUUUAUGAUUAUGCAUCUUAUAUUUUGUCAUUUUUGAAAAUAAGUGAUUUUAUUAAGGAUAGCAACCCAGGAGUAGCAAACUCUAAUUAUACACCUAGAAUUUUAGAGAAUGGAGGUGAUGAAAAUUACCUUAAGGAAUCUUCACAGACGAACGAAUUAGUCUGGGAUAAUAAUACGAAACCUGAACAUAUUAUAUUUAUUCUUCUAGAUAUGUUUACAUUUACAAACUGGAUUAGAAAUAUGUUCAUAAAGGAACUAUUUCAUCAUAUGAAUAUAUUACAUAGUGAAUACUUGAGUAUGGGAAUAGGUCAAUUUAAAUGGAAAAAAGUACCAAAUAUAAUUAAUAUAGAGGUAUUGAAACAGAAAAUUAGUCAAGAUAUUCUUGAAAAUGGACUAUAUUACCAUAUAGAUAUUAAUGUUGUAAAUAAUAUAAAACCUGUUAUAGGGGAAUAUUUAUAUAAACAAACAAUGAACAUAUUUAGCCCUGGAAUAAGAGCUAGUACUUGUUUAUAUAGAAUAUCAGGUAACUCAAAACAAAUUUUAGAUAUGAAUAAUUGUAAUGAAGAAGAAAAAACUAGUCUUCAACCAAGUAGUUUUGUUGAUAAUGCUACAAAACCUUUGCAAGUAUUUCUUAAAUUUUCCGAUAAUGUAUUAAGUUCAGUUAUAGAGAAUAUUAAUGACUUUAUUCUCCAUAAAAUACAAGAAUUUUUUACUUCCGUUAUUUACGAUAGUAUGGAACUUAUUUAUCAAGGUAUAUACAAUAUUUGCGAAAACCAAAUCACUACAGCAAAACAACAACUGGCGUCCAUACAAAAACUUGUCAAAGAUGGCAAUGAUACACAUGCAGCUAAUAUACUAGAUCCAAAGGGAAUUAUUCAACAAUACUCCACUGAUAUACUAUUUUGGAAUACUAAAUUAAUUCAUACUCUACCUUUAUUUCAUAACUUAGGAUUUGAUAGUGAUCCUGCCAAGAUUACUUCAAAUAUUGAACAAAUUUCAAGUUAUAUAAAUUUAAAGAGCUUACUAAAUUAUAUAUAG